GGUGUGGAAGGAGGAGAGGCAAAACGGCAGCAGACAAAGGAAAAGGAAAAGUCGCAAGCACCUCCACUACACCCGCAUCGAGAGUGACCUCCAGAGACCCCACGCCUGCAAUGGACCCUUCACUUUCCGUUCCACAGGACAAGGUGAGGCAGGACAAGUUGCAAAGGGAGAAGCCUGUGUGGAAGUACGCGGAACAGGGUCAGGAGGCCGGGGACAAAGGGAGAGGCGAGUAUUGUGUGAGGUUUCGGUUGUGCACGCAGAUUUGGAGGGGCACGUGCUCAAGAACGGUGGAACAUUACCUGAAGCCGCAAAAGCCCUGUCCAUUGCAAACAGGGGAGAUCAUGAAUGAGCUCAUCACCUCCGGGGGGAAAGUGCAGUCGGCUGACAAAAACAUGAGGUACAUGCUGAAGAAUUACAGGCAACUACACGGGAUUCUAGAAGGGGGGGUUGUUCAGACGGAAAUUGCACAAGGAGAAUGCUUUGGAGGCGGGGGGGGUGAGGCACCGGGGUCAAACACACGACUGUCCUCAUUGCAGCAGUCAACAAUAAGGAGGUGGGUGGACAACGACGCGCAGAAGAAACUUGACAUUGCAUGGGCGGAGGCCAUGUUUCGUGUUGGGAUCCCGUUCAACUUCUUGAACUUCGAAACCACAAAGAAACUCCAUGAAGUUGGAGGUGAAUGGAAAAGGCCAGCGCACAUUGAGAUUUGGGGUGACAUGAAUGAGUUCCACUACAAGCCCACAAGGAACGGCCCGAAAAGGAAUGACACGAAGACGUGGGACCCCACAACGAAGUUGGAUGUUGACAAGAAGACACCGUCAGAAUGGUGGGCAGCACACGGUGGCGACAUGCCCGAAUUGCAGAAGAUUGCGAUCAAGGUUAUGGGCAUGUGGAGCACCGCAUCGCCGACGGAGAGGAAUUGGGCUUCCAUGGACUUCGUCCACUCCAAACGAAGGAACAAGUUGUCGCCAGAAAGCUUGGCGAAGCUAGUGUACAUCCACUGGAACAUGCAGCUAUUGCAUGUUCCAAAGACUAAGAACAGCGGAUUUGUGGACUCGUGGUGUGACUCCGUUGAGCCCGUCCCGGAGCCUGAAGAGAACAACGGGUCGAAGUGGCCCGAGGAUGAGGAUGAGAAGACAGAGGAGGAGCUUGUACGGGAAUGGAGGCUCACAAAGACUCCAAAGGAAAGGGUUCCAAAAAAUCUCGAGGACGAGGACGAGGACGAGGACGAAGAGCUCACGGGCGACAAUGAUUUGGAUAACGACUUGUGGAAGGGGAAGUGUGGAUUGUCGCAGGACUCAAGUGGCACCGAAGAGGAGGUCAAUGAUGACUCUGAUUUCAAGUUACGACCGGAGCCGGCCGUCUCGGGCACGACGUACGUUGAAAAGAGGCAGACCGGACGACAGCGCAGAGAAGAGCCACGCCCAGCAGUGAUGGAGCCCGGGGUAUGGGAAACAGCACCGCACAAUCCGCAAUUUUAUGUCGAGUUCGCACGACUAGAUACGGAUGUUGAGACGUUGCUGCAAACCAGGGUGGACACAAAUGAGGAGGAUGUGAACCGUGCCAAGGCUAUGGCUGACCGGGAGAUCGAACUCGUCAACAAACAUAUGAUGGAGGAGGAGGCCCGUUGUGCAGCUAUCCCGACCCGCAGAGAGAUCGAGAGAGGUCUCGAACAAUCCAGGGAGCAUCAACAGCAGGUCAAUCGCUCAUUGGAGGUUGUGGAAGAUGGAGAGGAGGAGGAGGAGGAGGAGGAGGAGGAGCACCAAGCAGAGCAGGAAGAAGAGGCAGAGGGCAUGGUGAGGAGAUGGAGCACCAAGAAGAGGAGGAAGGUACGGUGCAAGGCAGGGAGGAAGAGGAAAUGCGGCAGGAAGAGGAGGGGGAUGGAUUGGCACAGCAGGAGGUGCAGCAUGGCCAGGUCGAUACGGCCCGCGAAGACGAUCCCCAUCCCACAGCGACAGCAGUCUACACACGCAGGCCUCUGCCAGCGGAGAUUCCGCAAUCCAAGGAGAAGAUAUCGGGAUUCCCCUCAAUGAAGGAGGUUGUCCAGCAUGACAACCUAUGGGUGAGCCGAGUGGGCAGGAAGAGAAAGGAGCCAUCACAGGACACU